UGUCCCUGUCCCUGUCCCUGUCCUCUCCUGCCCCGCCUCUGUGCCCUUCCACAGCACCAUGGAGUUCCAGGCCGUGGUGAUGGCGGCGGGGGGCGGCUCCCGCAUGACGGACCUCACCUCCAGCAUCCCGAAGCCGCUGCUCCCGGUGGGGAACCGGCCCCUGCUCUGGUACCCGCUGAACCUCCUGGAGCGCGCCGGCUUCGAAGAGGUCAUUGUGAUCACAAGGAAGGAAAUCCAAAAGAUGUUAAACUUGGACACAAAAAUGAAGCUCGAUUUUGUGUGCAUCAGUGACAACAUGGACAUGGGUACAGCAGAUUCCCUGAGGCACAUUCACCAGAAAAUUAAGACUGAUGUCUUGGUGUUGAGCUGCGAUCUGAUCACAGAUGUUGAUUUAUAUAAAGUUGUGGAUCUCUUUCGGACACAUGAUGCUACCCUCUCCAUGUUGAUGAAGAAAACUCAUGAACCAACAGAAGUGGUACCAGGACAGAAAGGGAAGAAAAAGCCAGUGGAGCAGCGUGACUUCAUUGGAGUGGAUGACACAGGAAAAAGAUUGCUCUUCAUGGCUAAUGAAGCUGACUUGGAUGAAGAACUUGUCAUUAAAAGAUCCAUCCUUCAGAAGCACCCCAGAAUGCACAUCAGGACAGGGCUGAUGGAUGCCCAUCUCUACUGUCUGAAGAAAUAUGUGGUAGACUUUCUGGUAGAAAACAGGACAAUCACAUCUCUCCGGAGUGAACUGAUUCCACAUCUGGUUAGGAAACAGUUCUCUUCUCCCACAUCCCUGCAGCAAGGACUAGACAACAAAGAAGAGGACCAAAAGAAAAAAGAACAAGCAUCUCUAGACAUUUAUAGUUUCAUAAAGGAAGAUAAUAGCUUGCUGAAACCUGCUCCAGAUAACUCCUGUUGGAAUGAUCACAGAGGAGAUAUGACUGAAACUCUCCACGAAGGAAAAGUGCGCUGCUACGUCCACAUCAUGAAAGAGGGGCUGUGCUUCCGAGUGAACACUCUUGGGCUGUAUAUUGAAGCGAACAGACAGGUUCCCAAGCUAUUGCUUAACCUGGGUCUGGAAGAGCCACUGGUUCAUGGGUCUGCACAGAUCACUGACAGAGGCAUGGUUGGAUCAGACAGCAUCAUUGGGUCAUCCACACAAAUCGGGGAGAAGACAUCCAUUAAACACUCCAUCAUCGGCAGCAUGUGUACCAUAAAAGACAAAGUUAAGAUAACAAACUGCAUCAUCAUGAAUUCUGUUACAAUUGAGGAAGGGUGCUGUCUUCAGGGCAGUGUUAUUUGUCACAAUGCCGUUAUAGAGAAGGGUGCUGACAUCAAGGACUGCUUGAUUGGAAGUGAUCAGAGGCUGGAAGCCAAAGCCAAACAUGUUAAUGAAGUCAUUGUGGGCACCGAACAGCUGAUGGAGAUAUAACCCGAGUAGGUUUUAAAGAUGAUUUUAUGGAAGCCAGCAGCAGAACCAGAUGUUCGAGCGUCGUAAGAUCAUCCGUACAGAUCAGCACUGGCACAGCUUACCCUGUCAUUGCUCCUUUCCUGUUCAGCUUUAUAUUUAUGUCUUAAUAAAGGAGUAUUUACAGAG